AUGGCCCAUGGCACAAGAUUGGCAGAGCGCAAGAGGCGCACGCGAACUGGGUGUCUCAACUGCAGUCGCAGACGGCGAAAAUGUGAUGAAGCUAAGCCGACCUGCACGGGCUGUAAGCGUCGCGGCGAAGACUGUCAAUGGCGCAUGCUUGGUUCGUUCCGUGAUGCCAAUAUUAAGGUGUUGGAAUCGGAUCACCCCUCCAUGAGCCAAGGAGGGGCUGUCAGCAAUAACAAACGUCAAAGCAAAUUCAAGAUUUUGAAUAACUUGUCAAAUUUGCCCCGCUCGCGGGGUAUUAAACGUCAAAUUGAGACAGAGACGGUCCUGGAUCUGAGUCUAAAUCCCGAUCGGUCAGAAGAGCGUGGCUUGUCUCCGCCAUCCACAAAGAGCAACGACACUGCGCCCACAUUCAAUGUCACCCCUGAAGACCACCAGACCUACGUGGCUGUGGAUACGACUCACACUCCAGAUACCAGCCCCGAUCAAAUCCAGGGGUUGUCUCCGCCAUUAUCUGGCCGCUCGCAGAUACCACAAGACCCCAGCCACGAAUGUGUCCGCAAUGGCGACAACCAGGAACAUGUUAGUCGGACUGUCCCACUUGAAGCCACUAGCCAGGGUCACUAUGCAAACGAUCUCCACUGUGAUUUUGAGCCGCCUUCUCUGCAUGAUGACGCUUCCUCCAAUGCCUAUUUGAACUCCAGUCCGGAAUUUGUGAUAGAUGACCUCACUACACUCCGAAAUCUAACGCAGAGCUCUCAGUUUCAGCCGUCUGUGCCGGGCUCAUAUGAAUCUCAUUCGCCGCUCUUCAAUCAUAGUAUAUUCUCUGAUCCAGCGGACUUUACCAAUGAUGUCUUUCUUCCUGGUUCCACUUAUGAGGCUCUUCAUACGACUCUGCGAAAUCGUCAACUGUGGACUGCAAGGCCGGACGUAACAAGUCUGUGUAGUCCUCGAGGAUCUAUUUCUCACAUUCAUACACCAACUCCAUUCAGUGACUCGGAUACCUUCAGCAGAUCAGGAAGAGAGCCCCGGCGCUCAAGACCCGGUAGAUUCAUUGACCUUUCCCCUGAACGGGAACAUAUGCUGUGGCAGAAUUAUUUGAACGAAAUAUGCUCGUGGCUCGAUAUGUUCGAUAAUAAUCACCACUUCGCUUCCACUUUCCCUCAAAUGGCCAAGACUGCACCUCAUCUCCGCUACUCUAUGCUUGCGCUAUCUGCGCGACAACUCGAAAGGCUGCAGAACAAAAAGUCUCAGUCGGAAAGCUUGUCACUUUAUCAGGAAGCUAUACAUCUUCUGUUGCCGGAGUUGGAAAACAAAACAACUCCUGUUAUUGCCUCUUGUGUCAUUUUGUGCGUGUUGGAGAUGUUGAGCUGUAAUCCAAAAGAAUGGCGCCGCCACCUGGAUGGCUGCGCUUAUCUCAUUCAGGCGGCUGGUAUCAAUGGCUUCUCUGGCAAGGAAGAACAGGCGUUGUUCUGGUGCUUUGCACGUAUGGACCUCUGUGGUGGCCUUAUUUCAGAGGAAGAAACAAUUAUUCCCAUCCAUAAUUGGAGGCCUCGCGAUAUGAGCUGUGUAGAGGCAUCUUUGUUGUUCCUGUCUUCGGCAAAAAACAACUUCGAUACCUAUGCCAACUACACCGUUUAUCUUUGUGCAGAGACGCUUGGAGUUCUUUUCGGCAAUGGAUCAAAAGCCCCGCAUCCAUGCACGUCCUGCCAGUCCGUUACAGGUGAAGAAGGGUAUUCAUAUGUACACCGCUGGCAAGAGGUAUUCAGCCAUGCAGAGCUGUGGUAUGAGAACCGACCCAACCAGAUGAAACCAGUUUUUACAGCUCCUGUUGCUACACCUGACCACACAGGAAGAAACAGACCAUUUCCAACGGUUCUAUAUGGCAACGGAGAUGCCAUCUCUGGCAACCAACUCUAUCACGUUUGUGCUCUUCUAUUGCUACAACGGAAGCCUAAGACCUUGAAUCUCCCUAAGAAGCCGAAGUCGGUUCUAUGGCACGCGCGGCAAAUAUGUGCUAUCUCUGUUUCCAAUGCGCACCAUGGCUGUUGGACAAAUGCUCUCCAACCUCUCUGGAUAGCCGGAAAGGUGAUGUCACACUACUCUGAGCAUGCAGCGAUCGUGGAAACGUUGAUUCAGAUCGAGCAUGAGACUGGAUGGGCAACUGCAUGGCGAGUCGAAGACUUGAAAGAAUUCUGGGGCGAUUACGAUAACGAUGAUGAGUGUGAUGUUGACAUGGAUUGA